GGAAGAAAAAAAAAAAGAGAGUCUUAAAUAGUUAGUAAUAAACCUAAAUAAUGUUAUUCAAAUUUGCGUUGGCACUUUCAAUUAUCAUCGUAUUUGUUAUCGCAGAUGAUUUAGAACAAUUAGAACAAUUAGAACAUUAUGAUAAUCAUGAAGUUCAGUGGGUUGGUGGAUCAUUCGAGUGGCCAUGUGCAACUACGAAAAGUAUGUUUAAAAAUAGUGGUCGUUACAUUUCGAAGAAUGUGAUUGCAACGAGAGCUGCAAUUUUCAAUGACGAAGCAUUUUUGGCUCUACCAAGGUAUAGAUCUGGUAUUCCAGCAACUUUAGCUAGAGUUUCUCUCAAGGAUAGAAACUGUCAAGCUAGUCUCCAUGCUUUCCCAUGUUGGUCGAUUCAAGAGGAAGGUAGUUUGAAAGCAUUGCAAAAUGUUGUAGAUCUAUUCUUAGAUCCCCAAGAUAUCCUUUGGGUUUUGGAUACAGGUGUAAUUCAUACUUUAGAAGAAUCUGUACGUAUGUGUCAACCAAAAGUUGUCGCAUUCGAUGUGAAAACAGGCAAGCUGUUGAAAACGGUUGAACUUGAUGGUUUAACCACAUCUUCCUCUAGACUUCAAUACGUCGUUGCUGAUUAUAGUCCUGAUGGACGUGUCUUUGUUUACGUAUCGGAUGCUGCAACGAGAGCAAUUUUGGUUUACGAUGUCACGUCUGGUCGUGGUUAUAGAUUCGUUUUACCCAAAAUUGUAACCAUGAAUUCUUCUCGAAGAGAUGUACUUUAUUUGGCUCUUAUUCGUCAUGCCGAUGGUAGUACUUGUCUUAUGUUCACUUAUUUAUCAAGCAGUCAUAUGUUCUCCAUCAAAACGGAAUAUCUUCGAAACGGUUUAACGAGCGGAAAAAUUCAAGAUGUUGGAACGAAGCCUAAACGUUUAGUAAUUCUAGGCACGGACAAUGGCAAUGCUCUGUUCUUUAGAUACGAAGGCGACGGUAUCGUUCAAAGAUGGGAUACAAAUACUCCUUUCCAACCAGAGAAUUUCCAAAAGGUUUAUAACAGUGCUGCUUGUUCUUUGGCAACUCAUGUUAUUCCUGAUUAUAGAAGAAACAGUAUGCGUGUAUUGGAAUCUAAUUUUCCAGAUUACAUAGAAGGUACCGUUGGAUGUGGAGCAAAUCAAGCUCUUAAUAUUAUGUAAAUUUUAUUAUAAAAUAAAAAACAGAAAAAAA